AUGCCGCCCCAGAAAAAAGGUGGCCUCACCGUGGUGAAAAGAUAUAAGGCUCUCGGUCCUAUCUGGGUGUUCCUUGACGCGCAGAAUGCUAUUGAUCGCCUCAAGUCAUCAAGACCAGGCCCUGGGCAAGCCCUUGUUCUUAGGGCUCACAGGGCAGUGGAGAAGCUAGCCAUGAGAGGUCAGCUGGUGACAAUACAAUGGGUUCCAGGCCACUCAGGGAUCGAAGGGAAUGAACAGGCUGAUCAAGCUGCUAAACGCGCAGCUAGUAAACAAACCGCACCUGGUUUUGAGCACCUGUCUCUAGCGUACGUUAGACGGGCUUGCACGGAAGCAAGAAGAGCUGCAGUAUCUGAAUGGGCUCGAAUCAACGCUGUACAAGGCAGGCAUAGAGAUGGACGUGUCUACAAGAUGCCUCGAGGCUGGAACCUUGACCCAGUGGCAGGAAAAGCCCCAAAAAGACUGGCUAGUCGGUACUACCAGCUGAAGACAGGACAUGCCCCAAUCGGCACCUAUCUACACCGGAUAGGCCGACGGGAAUCGCCUGAGUGUCAGGCUUGCAAGGAGCCUCAUGAGACAGUGAGGCAUGUGCUUUUUGAAUGUCGAGGACGCCGUACAGGACGGAGGGCUUUAUACCGAGCCCUCGAGAAAGCUGGAGUGCCGCUACCUACAGCGGCUGAGGAAAGUCCUGAGGCUAGGUGUGACGGCUCAGCCCUAGCUUUCGGCUUGGCGUCACUUAUUGAUUGGGAAUCCUUUGAAUAA